UUGUGGUGUCAUGAGGAAGAAGGUGACAGGAAAGCGUAGGCUUGUGUGGUAAGCUGCCGUUGUUGUUUCUAACGCUUGUUCUAGGUUCCUCUUCUCAGUUCUCUGCUUGUGGACUAGUCACUUUAAGUUGACAGUCUGCUGAUUGAAGAUCAGAUUGUUAUCUUUAAAGAUGGAGCUUCCUCUGGUAUUCAUCCUAAUUGCUGCCAUCUCUGUGGCCUGCUGCUAUCCUACUGCCUUCCAAGACCUGGAGGGAAAUGGCAAAAACCGAACUUCCAUCAAGUUCCUGGCUUUAGGAGACUGGGGUGGCGUGCCCUAUCCCCCGUACAUCACCGCCGUGCAGAAGGCUACUGCUCGGGAGAUGAGCAAAAUAGCAGAGCACAUGGGAGCUGACUUCGUUCUGGCCCUUGGCGACAACUUCUACUAUAGAGGUGUGGACAGCGUGGAUUCUCCUCGGUUUAAGGACACGUUUGAGACUGUGUACACAGCAAAGUCCCUCAGAGUGCCCUGGUAUGUGCUCGCUGGGAAUCACGACCACGCAGGGAACGUCAAAGCCCAGAUUGACUACAGCCAGAAAUCAGACAGAUGGAAGUUUCCCUCAUAUUACUACGAGUUGAACUUCCGCAUCCCCAACACCGGGAAGACUCUGACCAUCAUCAUGCUGGACACCGUUAUGCUGUGUGGCAACUCUGACGACUUCCUUGACGAGAAGCCCAGAGGCCCCCUGCGAGCUGUGGACGCCAACCGUCAGGUGACCUGGCUGCAGGAGAGACUGGCCCAGUCCAAGGCAGACUUCCUGUUGGUUGCUGGCCACUACCCUGUGUGGUCGGUGUCGGAACACGGGCCCACAGAGUGUCUGCUGCAGAGGGUUCAUCCUCUGCUCAUUAAAUACAAGGCCACUGCCUACCUCUGUGGCCAUGACCACAAUCUGCAGUACAUUGAAGAGUCUGGUGUUGGCUACGUGGUGAGUGGUGCUGGAAACUUCCUGGAUCCUGACGUCCGGCACUGGAAGCACGUUCCCAAAGGUUCUGUGAAGUUCUUCACUGGCAAGGCUUCAACACUGGGAGGCUUUGUCCAUGCAGAAGUCACCAAGAACAAGAUGGUUCUGACCUUUUACCAGGCAAAGGGCACCUCACUCUAUCGCACCGUCCUCUCUCAAAGGGAGUUUAACUAGAAGAGCGACUGGGAAACAUUCGACUCUCUCAGAAUCAUUCUGCAGUGUAGUUUGAGAUCAGACUAAUGGCUGUAAUCCUGUAUAUUGAAUGCUGGCAUUAAUAUUUCAAAAGUAUUGAUUAUAUUUUAAAAGAAUCAACUGGUUUUAACAUUUAUGUAAAUGUUUGUAUGAAAAAAGAAUAAAUUGUCAUUUGUAAAAAAUUGUGUACUGACAUUUUUACCAUUGCCUAUAAUGGUAAAUGAUGCACUAGGUGCCUUGAAAACUAAAAGUGCAAAUUUGAGGAAAACCAGAUUGUACUCGGCAAUGCAUUAAAACAAAACGGCGAACGAUAUUAGAACAAAGUAAAAAUAUAAAGAAACUAUAAAAACACUAGUCUGCAGUUGCUUUUUAAACUGAAGGACCGAUUCUGUUUCAGUGUUGGAGCUAAAGCAUCAUCUCCUUUGUUUCAAACGAGCAACUGCUGCUUCAUUCAGGCGGGUGAAUAAUGAAUUAGUCGUGAAGGCAGGAGGAAAUGAGUGUGUGGAUAAUUUGUAGGUUUUUGGGGACUGUAGCAAUAUUUCUGAAAUGUAAAUUGCAGGAUUGAACAAGGCCCUUGAAAUGUGGAAUGAAGUUGAGGUAUUGAUACUUUGUGGAUUUGAGGAUCAGAUGACUUCAAGCUUUUAAUAUAAAAGUGCUUUGUGUUCUGCUGAUGUGAAUCUGUUCAGUCAGAAUCCGUUCUUUAAAGUAAACCGUAUGAGACUGUGACUGAAAUCAAGUCCUACAGUUCUGAGCAGGGCUGCCCGGUUAAAUGUCCGAAGCAAUUGCAGCCUUUCUGCAGGCUGGAUUGUGAAUUUGCACCUUCUUCUUGGAACUGGAGUCUUGUAAAAGUGCUCCAUAUGCACAAAUGUUGCACUCCAGUCAUAUUUGAACAGACACAAAUGUUCUUGGACAUCUCUGGAGAGACAUGAGAAGACCAGUCUACUUAUAUUGUAAAUAUGCCUAGACAAACAGUGGCUCAUUUGUUCUGUGGUUUGGUCAAAUCAGGUCAGUGUUUAUUAAUAUCAAGUGAACUCGCAGCUUGGAAAACAUCUGACACAUUAAAAAUUUUCCCUAAGGCUUGUA